CCAGGCUUCUUCCCUUCUUCCCUGAACUUGAAAACCCGCUCACCAAAAGAACACCUUUCCCGACCCGUUUUUUCGCAAAACAUUACCCUCAGGAUGUUCUCCAAAACAGGGCUGAAAGCCUACGCAAUGCCGUCCGCCACCUCCGCCGCCACCUCCGCCGCCAAGCUCCUCCCGCGCCGCCUGUCGCCAUCUCUUACCGGCCUCGCAAGCCACGUUUGUCGGCAGUCACCAGCACAUUCGCUCGUCUCAUCCCGUCCCCUCUCAUCCACCCGCUCAAACUAUCACGACCAGUCCUCCGCCCCCGCCCAAUCAAAACACGUUCCGGUAGGCGGUUUCGCAACCGUCCCCGAAAUCCGCGAGGCGCUCCCGCCCAAAGUCGCUGACCUUGUCGAAGACUACCCGAGCCUUACUACCCUCCCCGUCCAGUGGGGAGAGCAAGACCCGUUUGGACACCUCAAUAAUGUCAUUUACCUUCGAUACUUUGAGAGUGGGCGGAUUGCUUAUUUUGAUCAGAUCAUCAAGCCGGGGCUGACACAGCGUGCUUACAACUCGUUCAUACAAGCGAGAGGAGUAGGCCCGAUCGUUAAAACCGUAUCCUGCAAAUACAAGUCUCCCGUGAGGUAUCCCGAUACGAUCACGGUGGGCGUGAGGAUUCCGAGGGAGACCCUGGAGAAGGACCGGUUCGUUCAGGAGGCGGUGUUGGUGUCACAUGCGCAAGGGCGAGUGGUGGCGACGGCCGAGUGCCAGGUUGUGACGUACGACUAUGGGGAGUUGCGCAAGGCGGACAUUCCGCCGGAGGUUAUCAAGGCUUGGAAGGCUGGGGAAGGGAUCAAGUGAGAGGAGUCUCCGCUUGAUGAGGAGUAAACUACCUUGCAGUAAUUUGCAGCACUAGAUAGACGCCCGAUCAGACUGUAAUAGGGAGAUCCAACUCAAUUCAUAGUACAAGCGCACACAACCUUAGAGCGAAG